AUGAGCUUCACCAAAUUGAGUGAGAUUGAGCUGCCGGCUGCUUUCGACGCCCAUGUGCACUUGCGCGAUGGUGAAAUGUCGCAGCUCGUUACGCCGACGAUUCGCCAUGGUGGUGUGAAUCAGGUAUAUGUCAUGCCAAACUUGGUCCCUCCGAUCACGACGGUCAAACAAUGCCUCGAGUACCGCGACAGGUUGAGGGCCAUUGAGCCAAAUGUCGACUAUCUCAUGUCACUUUACCUGCAUGAAUCAAUCACGCCAGAAGUCAUCCGCGAAGCAAAGAAAGCCGGCAUACACAGGCGUCAAGUCCUACCCAGCUGGCGUAACAACCACUACGAGUCCUUCUACCCCGUCUUCGCCGAAAUGGAAGCGCAAAACAUGAUCCUCAAUCUUCACGGCGAAGUCCCCUCCACCCCUCCCUCCACCACCCACUCCAAAGACACAACUUCCAUCACCAUCCUCAACGCCGAGCCCGCCUUCCUCCCGACUUUUAAAUCCCUGCACGCCAGAUUCCCCAACCUCCGCAUCAUCCUCGAACACUGCAGCACCGCCGCCGCCCUCGACGCCGUGCGCGCAUGCGGGCCCAGCGUCGCUGGCACCAUCACCGCGCACCAUCUCUCCCUCAUUAUCGACGAUUGGGCGGGUGAUCCGUUCUGCUUCUGCAAGCCCGUGGCCAAGACGCCCGAGGACCGCGACGCCUUGCUUCAAGCUGUCGUGCGCAGCGGGGGCAAGUUCUUCCCUGGGCACGGAUAG